AUGAGACUAACACUUGCGCUGCUACUGCCGGCUGCUGCGGUGAUCUCCUUCGCCACCAGCCAGGCGGAUAUGAACAACUCUGGGAAAGACUCAGGUGUCCAAAGCUUUAUCAGUGAAAAGAACGAGGGAGAGUGGCGUCUGGAAGGCUCAGAGGACCAAGAACAAAGACGAGAUGCCGAAAGUGACAGACACCACACUCUUAGCGACACGCAUGGAGAAAGACUGAGGCGAGGCGUGAAGGGAGGACGCGACGAGGAGGAGAAUGACGACAAGAACGAGAGGAGAGAUGACGUGAGAGAUAAGACAAAGCAGCGAAAGCGAGGAGGAAGAAGAAAAAGGAAGAGAACUGGAGUGAAGAAGGAAAGAACAGGGAGGAAGCCGAAGAAAGCCUCAGAACAAGAAAAAGAGAAGGCAGGAAUAAUGAAACUGCAGAACAAGGACAAGACUGGAGUCGUGAUGGAUCCGUGCGGGACCUCCACGACCCUGAGCUACGGCGAGAGCAUUGUCUUCUUCUCCACCAACGAUGGCUCCAAGAUUAAGAAGUGCAAGGCCACAGUUAAGUUCAACCUAAACCCCAAUGGUUGCGACUCUGAGAAGAUCCUGCUCAAGGCCAGGGGAAAAAAGUUGAUUUUGUGCUCCCUGGACACGCCCUCUGGUGAUCUCUUUGAAAGCAACUCCCUCAAGGUGAUCUACAAACGGGCCAGGCUGGGCAACAGGGACUGUUCGGGAGGCUUCCUGUGUGUCAUCAGGGUCGUGGGAGUAGAUCUUUUCUUUGUUUUCUUCCCCAGAUCCUCCAACGACCACGCUUGCCCCGACGACGCCUCCCUCGACCACCACACCACCACCUACCACAGCUGUUGUGACCACGAUUCCUGCAACAACUCCUGCACCAACCACUCCUGCACCAACCACUCCUGCACCAACCACCCCUCCACCUACCUCUCCUCCACCUACCUCUCCUCCACCUACCUCUCCUCCACCUACCACUCCUCCACCUACCUCUCCUCCACCUACCACUCCUCCACCUACCACUCCUGUCCACCUACCACUCCUGUCCCAACCACUCCUGCUCCAACCACUCCUCCACCCACAAUACCUCCGUCUAUCACUCCUAUCACUUCUACCAAUCCUCCACCAGAUACUGUUACAACCAAGCCACCAACAACAACUAGUGCCACUGUCCCUACCACCACGGCUUGUCCACGUCUUUACUGCGACGAGUGUGGCAUCGCUCCCAUCUCCGUCAAGGAUAACAGGAUCGUGAACGGGACCGACGCCUCGCUGGGAGAGUACCCAUACCAGGUCAGCGUGGGCGGUUUCUGCGGCGGCUCCCUCAUCAAGGCAGAGUGGGUGCUGACGGCCGCCCACUGCUUCGAUGGGAGCGAGAACCCGGCGAAUCUGAGGAUCUACCUGGGCAUGCUGAACAUCGCCAGCCCAGCCUCCGAUGUGGUGAUCCUGACAGCCAAGGCCAUCAUACGACACGAGAGCUUCAGUCAAUUUACCUUCGCAAACGACAUUGCGGUCAUCCAGCUGUCCUCGCCCGUCACCUUCACGGACAAGAUCAAGCCCAUAUGUCUGCCUCAAGCCGACGACAUUGCCUUUGGAGAGAAUGCGGUGGUCACGGGAUGGGGCACCAGAGAGUUUGCCACCUCAGACUUCCCAUCAAUCCUGCAAGAGGUGGCCCUUGAAGUGACCAAUGAUACCUUCUGUUCUUCCUUCGGUGACACGACCGUCUCCCUCUGCGCCUACACACCCUACAAGGACUCCUGCCAGGGUGACAGCGGCGGCCCUCUGGUGGCGCGGUCUUGCAAGGGCUCAGGCAGGUGGGUGGUGGUGGGCAUCGUGAGCUACGGGGUGGAGUGCGCGAAGCUUGGGUUCCCAGGAGUGUACACCAGGGUGCCCAAUUAUGUGAACUGGAUCUCCGAGAAGACUGGCGGCACCUCCUGCACCUGAGUUCACCUGUCGGUGACUACUCUUCUUCAUGAGACUCCAAUUACUGUCUAAAUUAAGGUUUCUGACUAGUUUUAUCCUUUCUUUUCUUUUCUUUUUUUCUUUUUUCUACGACGCCAGAUUUGAACUUUCGAUUAGUCACAGGAAACGUUUA